UGAGGUCAUGCUUCUGGGAUGUGAGGACUUGCUGAAAUCACUGCCAGGACGAGGCCAAAUAACCAGUGGAUCGUCUUCUCUGGAGAGCCCACCAGAUUUCAAUGUCAACAGCCAACCUAAUCACACAGAAAACCUCUCCUUGGAGAUAAGUGCAGUGUUGAAACUGGAUAACAGAGUGGUGGGUCGCACCCACUGGAGACCUUUGAGCAAGCAGGCCUGGAGACAAAACUUCAGCAUCCAACUGGAGCGGUCUCGGGAGCUGGAGAUUGGGAUCUUCUGGCAAGACUGGAGGGUGAUGUGUGCAGUCAAGUACCUGCGCCUGGAAGAGUUCCUGGACAACCAACCACAUACCCUGUGUUUGUGCCUGGAGCCCCAGGGAACACUCUUCACUGAGAUUACAUUUGUCAACCCUGUGAUUGAGCGCCAACCCAAACUAAGGCGUCAGAGGUGCAUUUUCACAAAAGAGAAAGGGAAGAACUUCCUUCGUGCUGCCCAGAUGAACAUGAACUUUGCCACAUGGGGUCAUCUGAUGAUGAGUGUCCUGCCUCAAUGUUCCUUUACCACUUUGAGUCCGUCUACUUCCUCUGAUGUUGUGGUCAACCCCCCACCUUCUACCAAUAAGGCCACUCGGUUAACCCCCUUACUGCCAGGGGAAGUGCCGGUGAUUAGUCUUAACAUAAGUGAAGAGCGUUUAGCAUUUAAAACGUUUAGCGUUGACCAAGGAAGAAACAUCCCCAACACGGUGUCAACAGCACAGAAAACACCACCUAUGCCUACUCUGACAGAAAAAGAGUCCUCCAUUGAAAACUACACAGAGAGAACAAGGAUGCAGAUGGAAGAUUUCAAAUGUAUCUCUGUCCUGGGAAGAGGACACUUUGGAAAGGUACUUCUAGCUGAGUUUAAGAAGACAGGAAAACUCUAUGCCAUUAAAGCCUUGAAGAAGAGGGAUAUUGUAACCCGUGAUGAAGUGGACAGUCUUAUGUGUGAGAGGAGGAUCUUCGAGAUGAUCAAUGCAUCGAGGCACCCUUUCCUGGUCAACCUGCACGGCUGUUUCCAGACCAGUGAGCAUGUUUGUUUUGUCAUGGAGUACUCACCAGGAGGAGACCUCAUGAUUCACAUUCAUAAUAACGUCUUCUCUGAGUUGCAGACCAGGUUCUACUCAGCCUGUGUUUUGCUGGGUCUAGAGUUCCUGCAUCUGAAUAAGAUAGUUUAUCGAGAUUUGAAGUUAGACAACUUGCUGAUGGAUGCAGACGGAUUUGUUAAAAUCACAGACUUUGGACUUUGUAAAGAAGGGAUGGGGCAUGGCGACAGGACAUCAACAUUCUGUGGAACCCCAGAGUUCCUGGCGCCUGAGGUGCUUACUGAUGAUAACUACACACGAGCUGUGGACUGGUGGGGCAUGGGCGUCCUUAUCUUUGAGAUGCUUGUUGGAGAAUCUCCAUUCCCAGGAGAAGAUGAAGAGGAGGUGUUUGACAGCAUAGUUAAUGAUGAUGUUCAGUAUCCUGGAUGCCUCUCUCCAGACUCCAUCUCCAUCAUUCAAAAGCUUCUUAAGAGGAAUCCAGAGAAAAGGCUGGGAGCCGGAGAAGGGGACGCAAAUGAAGUCAAGGGAGAGAAAUUCUUCAAGACUAUAGACUGGGAUGCACUGCUAGCUAAAAAAGUGAAACCUCCGUUCCUGCCAAAAAUUAAGGAGUCUGUGGAUGUCAGUAACUUUGACAGCGAGUUCACGAGUCUCCAGCCGAUCCUGUCACCUCCUCCCGUGUCCUGCAGCCUCUCCCCUGAGCAGCAGGAGGCCUUCGCAGAUUUUGACUUCUCAGCCCUGCAUGGAUGAAGCAAUCAGAGACCAGGGUUGCAUCCAGCUCAUGAAACGGUUGCAUGAACAGUUCCAUAGCACAACCUUUUCAUAACUGACAAUAACUGAAUGUAGCUCGCCCCAAUGGUACAUGUAGAUGAGGCGGACUGUCCUCACUUCCAUCAAAAGCCAUCAUCAACAAACCCAACCAAGCAGGAUAUGGGAUAUCUGCAGGUGGAAAGUAAUUUGAAUGCAACCCUGGUAUUUCUGUGCCAUGAAUUAGUCUGACGGCCAGGUUCUAUGACUGUUUCAUUGUUUAUAGUACCCAGUGACAUCCAAACAUUAACACUAGUGUGUAAUGCUCUGGAUUUCACUCAAAUAAAAUUGGCUGCCAUCUAAGAAACAUAAAGGAUUUGAUGAGAGGUCUAAUGUGGACAGAAUUUGAGCAUGCUUUGUGGCCUUUGCUUAUUUUGCUAUUAUCAGAUAACUGUUCCCUUCAGAGAGGUACACGCUGCCAUUUCUAUGCAUCACUGUGAGAGGCUUUGCCCACUGCCUUGACUGAGCAAAUGAAAAAGGCUGUUUAUUCCUGUUACAAUAUGUCUUUUCAAAAUGUUGUUCUGUGUGAAGAUGAAAAAUUCCAUGUUCUCAUACCUGGGUCCAGUUAUUCCCUACCGAUGUGUGUUUAACUACUAACUCCUACUAACAUAUCUACCUUCUACCUACCAGCCAAAUUAUUAUUUUUAGAGUGACUAAAAUGUGCAUGGCACACUUGUUGUGAACUUAGUUUUAUGUAGACAUUUUCAUGAGAAGCCAUUAAAUAAGGUAGCCAUAUUUAUGAAUAAACCAAUAUUGUGGGAUUGAGCACUUAAUGCAAUAACGAGUGAGAUUGUGAAGUGAGAGGCUGAUAGUUGAUUAUGAUAGAAAUAGUAUUUAUUUUGCUAUUAAAAUGGUUCAAUAGUUGCUGCUAAUAAUUAUGCAUUACUGUAUGAAUGUAUGUGGAUUACUACAAAGAAAUGUAAAUGAGACAAAAUGAAUGAAUAUUCAUUGAAAUCAUUAGUGUUUUAUUGUGUUGUCUAUGUCAAUAAAUACAAAAAUAUGAAUACAUUAUUUCCAAUUAAUGAAAGAGUGAAAAGUUUUAUAAAAGAAUACAGGUAAAAAUUCUAACGUUUCAACAUAUUAUAAAACAGAG